CACUCCAGACUUCUAUCGUAGAGUUGGCUGAGAAUAGGAGUUCCUCUCGACUCACAUAUUGUCCCGACUCUACACUUCAUGUUUCAGAGUUUUGGGAACCAUAGCUCACUCGUGCCAUAAGUGCCGUUCAUUUCAUAUAAGUUGUGACUGAUUUGUCUCAUCAAAAAUGGCCACAACUUAUACCCGAACGACAUCUCGUCGAACGACCCAUUCGUACGAUAGCGGCGGCGGCUCCCUAUCCGUAUCACCCAUGCCUUCCCAUACUUCCGAUCACUUAACAUUACCACCAAAAGUGGAACUCCUCAGAACACCUUCACCUAAGGAUAAGAUCGAAGAACAAAAGGAUAUGAAAUACCACAGCCAUCACCUGGAUUACAAAUAUACACCGCCACCAGUGAAAGGCCCCUGUAUUGCCUGUGGCAUGUAUAUCGUCGGCUCGUUGGUGACAGCAUUGGAUGAGAUGUGGCACCCGGAGUGCUUCACUUGUGUCAACUGUGACACCAUUCUCAAGGCAUACAACUACCAGGUUCAGGACAAUAAGCAGUAUUGUAAGCCGUGUCACGAGAAACUCUUUGGUCCGCCCUGUUCUGCGUGCCAUAAGCCCACCAAAAACAAUCGGAUGAUUGUGUUGAACCGCAUUUGGCACCCGAACUGCUUCUGUUGUGUGGAGUGCGGGAAGAUCCUGACGGUCGACAACUUCAUUGAGCGCUUGGGUUCCCCCUAUUUUGAGUACUCGAGUGAACUUCAUUCGGGUCUCCAUUCGGGUCUCCAUUCUUCGGGACUGAGUUCCGCACAACUCAUCUCAGGCUCCCGUUCCACUCAAUUCCGCUCAGAAUUCCAUUCCACUGAAUAUAACAACACGUCUAAUGGCCAGACGGGACGGGUAUCUCCCGUGCUAUCAGAGCUCGACAGUGAAGAGCUCAACAACACGUCUAAUGUUGAGACGGCUCUCGACUAUACGGCAAAAGAGAAAUUACUGAAAAGAUAUGGAGAAAAACACAGUCAAGAGAGGAGUUCCUCGCGAACCUCACGACGGGUCAAGUUAUACGACGAGAACCAGAAGUUUGAUUACAACCACUUCGCGACUAUACCGCCAAAUGCGGCCAAAUCUCCCGGAAUGAACCGCAAGACUACUUACGAUCGCCGCUCACCCUCUCCGUCGCCUUUAGACCCGAGAACUCCCUCUCCUAUUCACACAAUCAAUGUCCCGCCAAAGGUUGUCGAGACUAAGACUGAGGCUCAAGUGGUGAUUGAAGAUGGCAAACAUCACUGCAAAUACCACAGUCACCACUUGGAUCAUGAAUACUGUCCCCCACCUGUCAGAGGUCCCUGCGUUGCCUGUGGACAGUAUAUCGUUGGAAAGUUAUUGCGGGCUAUGGAUGAGAUGUGGCACCCGGAGUGCUUCACGUGUACUAAUUGUGACACUCUUCUCAACAACGAGAACUUCAAGCCUCACGACAAUAAACCCUAUUGUGUGCCCUGUUAUGAGAAGCUGUUUGGUCCGCCCUGUACUGUGUGCAAGAAGUCCACACAAGACGUUAGUUAUAAAGCAAUUAAUCGAUACCACGUACUGAACCGCAUAUGGCAUCCCGAGUGCUUCUGUUGCGUGGAGUGCAGCAAACGGUUGACUCCCGACAACUUCAUCGAAAGGAUGGGCUCUCCUUAUUGUAAGGAAUGCUAUCAUAAGCUCUUUUCGCCCAAAUGUUGCGCCUGUAAUCUCCCCAUAAAAGAUAAAGCGAUUAAUGCUCUGGGUAAGAUGUGGCACACCUAUUGCUUUAAGUGCACAGCUUGUGCUAUUCCUCUGGAGGAGAGGAACUUCUACGAGAAGGAUGGAAAACCUUAUUGUGAAAAGGAUUACCACAACUUGUUUAACCCGAAAUGUGUGAAAUGCAAACUUCCGAUUACUGGCCGUCAAAUGACAGUCAAUGGUAAGCCAUGGCAUCCGGAGUGCUUCGUUUGCACCGUAUGUGUUAAGCCAUUAACACCAGACAAUUACAAGGAAUAUCAAGGAAAGCCAUACUGCGAGGACGACUACCACAAACUAUUCUCUCCUAAAUGUGCCGGUUGUAAGACACCAAUUAAAGAUGAAAAUAAAGUGAAUGCAAUGGGAAAACAAUGGCACCCGAGAUGUUUCACGUGCACUAACUGUGCCAAACAAUUGGGACCUAAUAAUUUCAUUGAGAAGAAUGGCAAACCUUAUUGUGAAGAUUGUAAUCACAAGCUGUUCUCACCAAAGUGUGCUGAUAAGCCAUUAACACCAGACAAUUACAAGGAAUAUCAAGGAAAGCCAUACUGCGAGGACGACUACCACAAACUAUUCUCUCCUAAAUGUGCCGGUUGUAAGACACCAAUUAAAGAUGGAAUACAAGUGAAGGCAAUGGGCAAGACAUGGCACCCCAUGUGCUUUAACUGUACUAACUGUGCCAAACAACUGGGACCAAAUAAAUUCAUCGAAAGGAAUGGCAAACCUUAUUGUGAAGACUGCAAUAACAACCUAUUUUGUCCAAAGUGUGCUGGCUGUCAACUUCCUAUUACUGAUGGUAAUCAAGUGAACGCAAUGGGUAAGCCCUGGCACCCUCUAUGCUUUGUAUGCACAGAAUGUGCCAAACCUUUGGGACCCAAUAAUUUCUUCGAGAAGAAUGGAAAGCCUUACUGUGAGGACGACUAUCACAGACUAUUCUCACCCAAAUGUGCCGGAUGUCGGCUCCCAAUUAAGGAUGGUAAGAUAAUCCGUGCGCUGGGGAAGGACUGGCACCCCCUGUGCUUCAAAUGCACGGAAUGCGCGAUUCCACUCAAUCCGGACAACUUCUACGAGAAGAAUGGCAAACCUUACUGUGAAAACGAUUUCCACAAAUUGUUUUCGCCAAAGUGUGCUGGAUGUCUACUGCCCAUCACUGAUGGAAAUAUAUUGCCUGCAAUGGGCAAGAAUUGGCACCCACUUUGCUUUAAGUGCACUGAAUGUGCCAUUCCGUUAACACCGCCUCAUUUCCGUGAGAAAAAUGGAAAGCCUUAUUGCGAAAGGGAUUACAAUCGACUGUUUUCGCCACCUUGUCAUGGAUGUGGUCUUCCCAUCACUGAUCCGGCAAUGGGCAAGAACUGGCACCCGCAGUGCUUUCAUUGCCAUGAAUGUCAUCGACCACUCACUCCCACCAACUUCUUCGAGAAGAAUGGCAAACCUUAUUGUGAAGACGAUUAUCACAAACUAUUUUCGCCCAAAUGCUCGGAAUGUAAUCUUCCCAUCAGAGGAGCCUGGCACCCGAACUGCUUUAAGUGCUAUCAAUGCGGUAUACCUUUGAGCCCCAAUAACUUCAAAGAAAAGGAUGGAAAGCCUUAUUGUAAUAAACACUUCCAAGAGAUGUUUUUGCCUAAAUGUUACGGAUGCAAACUCCCUAUCGCUGAUAAAGUACUUCAGGCAAUGGGCCAUAACUGGCACCCGGACUGUUUCUGUUGUGCCGUUUGUCGUAAGCCAUUGGGUGCCGACGGAUACCGUGAGAAGGAUGGUCUGCCGUACUGUGACUUCGACUAUCACGCGCUCUUCUCCCCCAAGUGUGCCGCAUGUCAUGCGCCCAUUCGGGAGGUCUAUUCACUUCAUGACACGCUUUCU